UGCUUCAGGAUUCGUCUGUUAGCUGCUGCAACUUUCUGUCUGCUUUUUGUGUUGUAACCGAUGCAAACCACUUUGAGUGUGGCACAAAUGUGUUAUCAGACCUUACCAAGACUCAGUAAGGCACAUUGUCCAUACUGCCGCUGUAGAAAUAUGAGCUAAGCUAUAAGUAUUUAUCACGAUAAUACCAGGUCUAAUCAUAGCAUUUCCCAGCAGUUUCCCAGGGUGCAGUUCACCUGUUUUUGGCUUGUGCUGCAGUAUUUCAGGACUGUGGGCAAUAAUGUGUCCAGUGAUGUAGUACAACGACCCCCAGAUUUCCUCAUGCAUUUAACCAAAUGACAGCUGAUGCUGGCGAACAAAUGUUCUUAUGAACAAAUGAGUAGAAUUAUAUGCUUAGAUAUCAUAUAAUUGGCAGUACAAUUAAUUUAGAUUUGUGAUUGUUAACUAGGGCUGGCAUUGGAUCAAACCUUUUCCCAAACACCAGAUGGAAGCUGCAGUUGGCGAUGGGCUUCUUUGUGUUGUGUAACACAAAACACAUUUCUGAGACAGAAUGUAGCAGAUGCUAUUUUGUUUCAGUUCUCUGAAAAUGCUCUUUCAUUUUUUUUCAAUUCCUGUAGCUAAUGUUCUGAAAGAGUGUUGAUGUGAGGCUCAAGCUGAAGGAAACGGGCUGAGAUAUUAAUUUUUUGUUCUGUUAACAUUUUUUUCAACCUGAGUUGCUGUUAAACUCAUCAUUUUGUGUAAGAAGUAAGGAAAGUGUGACUCAAACUCGAGCACAAAGUACUUUCAUCUGUUGGAUUUGUGUUUCUCUGUAGUCAGACACCUGAGAAAGCUGCUCUGUACACAGUCUCCUCCUCAUUCGGCUUCAGCAAGGUGUCGGGACCUUGCCCUGUUGAGGCACCUCCUGUGUGUACACGGAGUCACUUUCAGAGGAAAUUAAAGUGUAACUGGAGAGCAAAAACAUCAGUCAAGUCUAACCGGGUUGAUCUGUGGUGCAGCCACAUUGACACUUUGUAGUGAUCACCAAACCCAUUACGUUUUGUGAAUAUUUUAUUGAAUAAAGGCAAAUGUAAAGUUGCACCAGAAAGGUAAGCACAGCGUGAUUGGAUGUAAAGGAAAGGUAAGCACAGCGUGAUUGGAUGUAAAGGAAAGGUAAGCACAGCGUGAUUGGACGUUAUGGAGGGCUGAGUAAAUGUAUAUGUAAGGGAGAGCUGAGUGUGCUGUAGGCGUUUCUCUGGUAAGGUGGGGAAAUGAGCGCGUUCACACCUGCUGUCUCAGCAUGUCUUCUCUCAUGAUCCGCAGGAGGGAGGGCCUCUCCAAGUGUGGGAAGUGUAAACAAGCCUUCUACUGCAAUGUGGACUGCCAGAGAGGAGACUGGCCCAUGCACAAGCUGGAGUGCACUGCCAUGUGCACCUAUGGAGAGAACUGGAGCCCCUCAGAGACCGUCAGGCUGGUGGCACGGAUCAUUACCAAGCAGAAGACCGUGACAGAGAGGACGGCCUCUGAGAGGGUGCUCGCCCUGAGGGAGUUUGAAGCGCAUCUGGACAAGCUGGAUAAUGAGAAGAGAGAGAUGAACCGGACAGAUAUAAUCGCUCUGCAUCACUUCUACUCCAGACACCUGGAUUUCCCUGAUGACGACUACCUCACUGAGCUCUUCGCCCAGGUUAACUGCAACGGCUUCACCAUUGAGGAUGAGGAGCUCUCCCACCUGGGCUCUGCAGUGUUCCCUGACGUUGCCUUGAUGAACCACAGCUGCAGUCCUAACGUCAUCGUCACCUACAAGGGGACGGUCGCCGAGGUGAGGGCUGUCCAGGACAUCCACCCUGGAGAGGAGAUUUUUUCCAGUUACAUUGACCUCCUGUAUCCCACUGAGGACAGAAAUGAAAGGCUGAGAGACUCCUACUUCUUCACCUGUGAUUGCAAAGAAUGUAGCACCAGGUCAAAGGAUAAGGCCAAGAUGGAAGUCCGGUCAUCGGGCACAGUCCCGGAGCCGGAGGAAAUCCAAUCCAUGGUGAGGUACGCCAAGAAUAUCAUCGAGGAGUUCCGCAGAGCCAAACACUACAAGACCCCUAGUGAUCUGCUGGAGAUCUGUGAGCUGAGUCUGGAGAAGAUGGGCUCUGUGUUCGACGAGACCAACGUGUACAUGCUGCAUAUGAUGUACCAGGCCAUGGGGGUGUGCCUGUACAUGCAAGACUGGGACAGGGCCAUGAGCUACGGCGAGAAGAUCGUCAAACCCUACAGUGUGCACUACCCUGCCUACUCUCUCAACGUGGCGUCCAUGUACCUGAAGCUGGGCAGACUGUACCUGGGGCUGGAGAAGAGGUCCGCCGGGGUCAAGGCCUUGAAGAAGGCCCUGGCCAUCAUGGAGGUGGCCCAUGGGAAGGACCAUCAUUACCUGGCUGAGAUCAGGAGGGAGAUGGAGGAGCAGCCCUGAGACACCGGGGACGAGGGCGGAGGAGCACAAACCACGCGACACACGACAUCAGCGUCCCUCCUACAGCUGCAGCCGAGGCCACCGGCUGCUUUCAGAGGGCCCCGUGACUGUUUCACGGAAAAAUAAAUAAAACCCCAGGAGAGUAUUGGCUGGACAUGCCCAGUGUUAAAGUGUCCGCCAUGUUGACUUGGUGUGUGCGUGGCGUGUCCAACUGCAUACUUUCCCUGGGGUUCAUACUGUUUUUUUUUUUGGUUUACAGAGAGCAUAGUGUGUAUUUCAGACUCAGAUUAGAUGCACAUGGUGAAUAGCAAUGUUAAGGCAAGUUACUGAUAGCGUUUUUGCAAAGCAUUGACAUAAAGAUUCCCUUUGAUGUCAGUGACUCUUAAACGAUGCAGUUGCAUCAUCAUCAUGUAUCUUAAGGAGGCGGUGCUUUUACAGAAACGGGGACUGGAGUGUCACAGGUUUUCUAUUUGGCAUAAUGAAUGUUACAGACUUCAUGAAGAGACUACAGCCUAAAGGUACUUUGAUUGGCUGGAUUUGUCUUCAAUCAGUUGUAAAACAAUGAAAAAUGAAUGUGAUUUUUUAAGAUUUAAGUUUUGUUUUUUUUUCAUUCAUCUCUGAUUUAGAGUUGCAGCAUGCCUAUUUGUCUUUAUUUUUCCAAGACAGCAGUCCUAUUAUAUUAUAUGAAAAUAUAAUACAUUUCCAUAUUUGAUGAAAUAUGUUGAAGCAGAGGAUUGCUGCAUGGACUAUUCACAUCACCUCGUACUGAACGGACCUUAAAUUAUUUUUAACUGAGCUUCAGAGUAAUGGAAGUGUUUCUUUGCUGUUUACAUUUUCUUUCUCGCAGUGUCAGAAUGCUGUCUGGUUGGUUGGUUUUGGAUUAUGGCAGCAAUAUGGGGAAAACACUCUCUCACCUGCUGCUUCUCCAUUAAGCAGGGUCCUGAGACCCGCAGCAGCUGAGAUCAGCUGUGUUAUGAGUGUGCAUGGUGUUGCCCUGGUCCCGCUCUUCACGUGCUGUUAAGGAGAGCAGUCAGCAAGGUUUCACCAUUCUUGCAGUCAUGACCUUUUUCCAAGUGGCCUGGGGCAUUUUUUUUUGCAAUUUGUCCUUCUGUCGCAAAACUGGGUUGGGUUCUGUAACAUGGGCAGGUAUGCAUGGAUUUUACUAAAAAUAAAUAUUGUUCCCACUGGUCCCCAGAACUGUACCGAUUAUCAGGCCAAGAGGCCAGAAUCCGUUCUCUGUUUUUGGUCCGUCUCUCCCCCAGCAGUGCAUGAAGUGUACUGAAACAUCAUAAAUGUUAUCCUCACUGUUCCCUGUUCCCCUGAGCCCUGCACUUCCUCAGAUUAAAGGGUCCAACAUCAAGGUCGCAGAAGCUCUAAAUCGUUUUUCCAAUUGAAAGCUUACUACUUUUGCAUUUACAAAUCUUCAUCCAGCGUGCUUUCCUGUCCAGUUUGCAUGUUAAACUCUCAUCUCUACAGCAGAUCACCAUACCACUCAUUUCAUCACCUUAGUGCAAGCAUACAUACAACCUCUCUUUCAAUGUCAGUUUCUGUGUGUUACAUGAUAACAUGAUAUGGAUAUUUAUACCUUUUUUUUUUUUACUGUCCUAGUUGCUGUUCUGUACUUUUCAUACUGAUCGUACUCACCCAACAAUCAGGGAUUGCCAUAUAUGGAAUAUUUCCUGUCUGGCUGCAUGAUUGAUAUUCCCACUAAUUUUCAUACAUGAUAUUGAUUGUAUUGUAUAAUACACAGGCAUAGAAGCUACAGGAAUGCAGUCUUGCUACAUUAUUUUGAUUGUAAUUUUUGAAUAUUUCAUGAGCACCACACAAAGGAAAAUUAUGACUAAAUGACUUAAACUGUAUAUAAAGCACAUUGGAGCCUCAAGAUUUGACAGGGUGUGGAAUAUGGUAGGGGUUUCAAGCUGCAUCCAAAAUGUGUAGGCAUAGUUGAUAGAAAUG